AUGGAUAAACGGCAAGCAAGACCAAAGUCUUAUCUUUCCGUUCAUGAUUCAAUUAAGAACCAGGUGUCCAUUGUAAAGAAGCCUCUAAUCAUCUCCAAAGACUUGAACGAAAUAUUGAAAACUCAACAUCAGUAUGAACCGAAUCAAGCUAAACAUCUCAGUCCCCUUGCAUUGAAUAGACUAAUCAGAAGUGUUAAUUUUCUACUUAAAGCUCGUUACGCCAGCAUAUUUAACAGACAGGCCAUUCAUUUGGUAUCUUUGCAAUACAUUGAGAGCGAGAAAAGGAUGGAAAUCGAACGAUUGGACGAGUUUUUGAAACUUUAUUACCUUCUGGAACCUUUCAAUUCUCAAGAUCACAGUGCAAACAAUGUUCACGGUUUACUACUUGUUCAAAAAGAACACUUUAUGGACAAAGUGCACAAACUCCCACCUUCUAGCACUGUGGCGCAUCUAUUAAAGCAAAGAUCAGACAUCACCCCGCUUCUGGCCAGUUAUGACAAAGUGAAAGAGAACCUAAUCUCCAAAGAAAAUAAGGUUGAAGCGCUCAAACAGAAAUUAUCACACUACAAUGACAUCUUGAAAUUACUGACUAGCAGUUUAUCAGACCCAGAAAGACUCCAGCAAAAUUUAGUGAUUAGUAGCAACACAGAGCUCACAGCUCAGAUUAAUCAGCUACGGAUUCUUCUCAGCAGACUGGAGUAUAAACUACGGGACCCCAAAGUGAAGCUACAAGUCAGUAACACUUUGAAAGCCCUUCCCUCAAAAGUAAACUAA